UCACUUCCGCAGUGAUGGCGGUGUGGGUGUGCGCGGGUGGUGGUUGUCUCUUGUCGCCGAUUAGGGGACGGCUCCGGGCCGGGCGGGCCGCGGUCCUGGCGUGGAGGGUCUCGUUGCGGGCCGCAGGCACCGGGCCGGUGUAUGAUGUGGUGGUUUCGGGCGGGGGGAUGGUCGGGAGCGCUAUGGCCGCGGCCCUGGGACAUGAUGUCCACUUCCGUGAGAAGAAAAUCCUGUUACUGGAAGCUGGCCCUAGGAAAGCGUCUGGCCGUUUGCCUGAGAGUUACAGUAACAGGGUCAGCUCCAUCUCCCCUGGUUCAGCCACCCUUUUGAGCAGUUUUGGUGCCUGGGAUCAUGUUUGCAGCCUGCGAUUCAAACCCUUCCGGCGGAUGCAGGUAUGGGAUGCCUGUUCAGAAGCCAUGAUAAUCUUUGAUAAAGACAACUUAGAAGACAUGGGUUAUGUAGUGGAGAACGAUGUCAUUAUAUCUGCUUUAACCAAACAGUUAGAUGCAGUGUCAGAUCGGGUGGAGGUUCUCUACAGGAGCAGAGCAGUUGGGUAUACCUGGCCCCUUACCUGUCAUCUCUCUGACACAAGCCCUUGGGUCAAAAUUGACUUAGCUGAUGGACGCAGACUAGAGACCAAACUGCUGAUUGGUGCAGAUGGUCAGAACUCCAUGGUCCGGAAAGCAGCUGGAAUUCAGAACAUCCACUAUCAAUAUGAUCAGUCAGCUGUGGUUGCUACUCUGCACUUGUCUGAGGCCACAGACAACAAUGUAGCAUGGCAGAGAUUCCUCCCUUCAGGGCCAAUUGCUCUUCUCCCGCUCUCUGACACUGCCAGCUCUUUGGUUUGGUCCACAUCUCAUGAACAUGCAGCACAGCUUCUAAGUAUGGAUGAGGAAAGCUUUGUGGACACCAUCAACUCUGCCUUUUGGAGCAACCUACACCACUCGGACUUUAUUGAUACUGCUGGAUCCGUGUUCCGAUCUGCUAUUUCUUUCCUGAUGCCAUCAGGCACUGCAGCUCGCCAGCUGCCCCCAAGCAUCGCCAGAGUGGAGCCAAAGAGCCGAGCUGUGUUUCCUCUUGGAAUGGGGCAUGCCACAGAAUAUGUCCGGCACCGGAUGGCGCUUAUUGGGGAUGCAGCACACAGAGUCCAUCCACUAGCAGGACAAGGUGUAAAUAUGGGCUUUGGAGAUAUUGCAUGUUUGACACAUCACCUCAGCACAGCGGCCUUCAAUGGGAAGGAUCUGGGCUCAAUAAAGCACCUCUUACAGUUUGAGACAGAACGUCAGAGGCAUAACCUCUCUUUAAUGGCUUCCAUUGACUUGUUAAAGAGACUCUACUCCACAAGUGUCGCUCCCUUUGUGCUGUUGAGGACAUGGGGAUUACAAACAACAAAUGCCUUAUCUCCAGUCAAAGAGCAGAUUAUGUCCUUUGCCAGUAAGUAAAUUCUCCAUGUGUCUAGAGCUGCAGUUCACCAAUGACUGCUGGGAAUCUGAGAUCUUUAACCCCGUGAGGACUAUAUCAUGUCUGGUUUGGAAACAUGUAUUUAAAUAGUGUCUUUGAAGAAUAACAAUAAAAACAGCUGUUUGUUUUUUAGUUUUUUUU